GAGAGGGACCAAUUAUAUUUGCUUAUUCUUCCAGGAGUUAGGAAUCUUGAAUUCCAUGCGUGUGGAUUUCUCCCGCAUAUUAUUUGUCCAGCAGAACGAACAUAUAAAAAUCUAAGCACUGUUUUUUACCGUGCAAGAAAAACGUUUCUUCUUCUUUCUUUCCUCUUGCAGACCUUUCCCGACUUCUCCUUCAAAUCAGUCAAUCAUUGCUGGCUAUUAGAUCUUUUGCUACAUAAAUAAAACUUAAAGGUUCCAUCUUUCUUUCUCUCUUUGUGGAAUAAUGGCAAAGAAGAGAGAGGAAAGAGAGAUGGAUAUUUUCUUGAAUGAGACAAUAGAAGCCAUGCCUUUGUAUGCAAAGGAGUUGGUUGCUGGGGGUGUUGCUGGUGGCCUUGCAAAGACUGCUGUUGCUCCCCUUGAACGUGUCAAGAUUCUGUUUCAGACAAGAAGAGAUGAAUUCAAGGCCAUAGGACUCUUUGGAUCCAUUAAAAAGAUUGCAAAGACAGAAGGGGUUAUGGGUUUCUAUAGAGGGAAUGGAGCUAGUGUUGCUCGAAUUGUUCCCUAUGCGGCCUUGCAUUAUAUGACUUACGAGCAGUAUCGCAGAUGGAUCAUAAAUACUUUCCCUAAUAUUGGAAGGGGACCUGGACUUGAUCUUGUGGCUGGAUCAUUUGCUGGAGGAACAGCUGUUCUUUUUACUUAUCCUCUUGAUUUGGUUCGAACUAAAUUAGCUUACCAGGUAGUCAAUCCGUCAAAAAUGAAGAUUCACGGUGUAGUUAGCUCUGAACAAUUAUACAGAGGAAUCUAUGAUUGUUUCUUGAAGACUUUCAAAGAAUCUGGGUUUAGAGGUCUCUAUCGUGGUGUGGCUCCUUCACUUUAUGGAAUCUUCCCUUAUGCUGGUUUGAAAUUUUACUUCUACGAAGAGAUGAAACGCCAUGUUCCUGAAGAUCACAAGAACGAUAUUACAGUGAAAUUGGUAUGUGGAUCUGUUGCUGGUCUGUUGGGUCAGACCUUCACAUAUCCUCUUGAUGUUGUAAGAAGGCAAAUGCAGGUUCAAAGGCUUACAGUGUCAAAAACUGCAGAACUGAAAGGAACAAUGGAAACCAUUGUUAUGAUCACCCAAAAGCAAGGGUGGAAGCAGUUAUUCUCUGGGCUGAGCAUCAACUACUUAAAGGUUGUACCAUCGGUGGCAAUUGGUUUUACAGUUUAUGACCUCAUGAAAUCAUACCUCAGAGUUCCAUCUCGAGACGUAAGAGAAGUUGUGACUGAUGAAAGAAAUAGUCAACCAUCCCUCCAAUCUUGAUAAAUUUAAUUGUUAAUCCUUAACUCCACUUAUCAUUCUCACAACAUCAGUAGAGAUCUUCUUUCAAUUCUUCCAAAUUGGCAACAUUUGUUGUUCUGUUAUAAUUUUUUUACCCCAUAAAUAUGGAGUAUAUACCUCUAGGUAGGUUUCAUAUACAUUGUACAUAAAGAAAUUUUAACACCAGUAAAAGAAUUUUCACUUUCCUA